AUGGCAGGUUCAACAAAGUGCCUCUCAAAAGCUGUUUUUGGGUUCCAGACCAAUUUGAUCCGCGAUGUUGUCGUUUUCAAUUUUGUGGAAGCUGUGCCUGCUAUGGUCAGCCAGCAUGGCAAGCCUAAUUUUGUCUUCAUCAUUACCGAUGACCAAGAUCUUCACCUUGGCUCGAUGGACUAUAUGCCGUUGACAAGGAAGCAAUUGGGGAAGCAGGGCACAUUCUACAAGCAGCAUUAUUGCACGAUUUCCAUAUGCUGUCCAUCACGUGUCAGUCUUCUCACUGGCAAGGCUGCGCACAAUACAAACGUGACCGACGUGAACCCGCCUUACGGCGGCUACACGAAAUUCAUAUCACAAGGUUUGAACGACAAGUACCUGCCAGUAUUCCUCCAGGGUGCGGGAUAUGAUACAUACUACACUGGCAAGCUGAUGAAUGGGCACUCAACCACGACUUGGAACAAGCCGCUCCCUGCUGGAUGGAACGGUACUGAUUUUCUUGUCGACCCUGGUACCUAUAUCUACUGGAAUGCGACAUUCCAAAAGGACCAGGCUCCGCCAGCACCAGCUCCCGGCCAAUACAACACUGAUCUGGUAAAAGAGAAAGGACUAGAAUUCAUCGAUACUGUUGCCAAUACGUCAAAACCAUUCUUUAUUGGCAUUGCACCCAUUGGGCCACAUGCUGAGUUUAAUGGCACUGGCGGUUUUACGAAGGCUGUUGGCGCGAAAAGACACCAGAAACUGUUCUUGGACGCCAAAGCUCCUCGGACAAGUAACUGGAAUCCUGAUAAGCCAAGUGGAGCAAGUUGGAUAUCGAAAUUAGAGAAGCUGAAUGGCACGGUGAUCGCCUCCCACGAUGAGUGGCACGUUGGCCGCCUACAGUCACUGCAAUCCGUUGACGAGUUAGUGGACGAAGUCGUCAACCGCCUGGAAAAAUAUAAACUCCUGGAUAAUACUUACAUCAUCUUCACUUCCGACAAUGGGUACCAUAUCGGCCAGCAUAGGCUCCAGCCCGGCAAAACAUGCGCCUUCGAAGAAGAUAUCAAUGUGCCAUUCUACGUUCGCGGCCCUAAUGUACCCAAAGGUAAGACGGUUGAUGUAGUCACCACGCACACCGACAUCGUUCCUACGCUAUUCGAACUCGCUGGAAUCGAGCAGCGAGACGACUUCGAUGGUCAGCCAAUCCCGGUUACUAGCAAAGCGAUCGCCGAGCAAUUGAAAAAGAAGAAGCGGGAUCAUGUGAAUGUUGAAUUCUGGGGCCCAGGUCGUGGCGAGGGGACUUAUGGAGUUAAUGUUCCGAACAACACCUACAAGGCUGUCCGUAUCAUUGGAGAGCGCUACAAUCUCUUGUACACUGUGUGGUGCACGAACGAGCAUGAGCUUUACGACAUGACCAAAGAUCCUGGUCAAGUCAACAACCUCGUCAACCCGUCCAAACAGCCUACUCUCGUUCUGAACCAGCCAAUCUCCAGGCUCCAAAGUCGUCUGGACGCCCUACUCUUGGUCCUCAAGACUUGCAAAGCUUCUUCCUGCACCGAUCCCUGGUCCGUCAUUCAUCCCAAGGGUGACGUUGUAAAUCUAGAGGAUGCUCUAGCAUCCAAGUUCGAUGACUUUUAUGCGCAGCAGCCGAAAGUUGCGUUCACGAAGUGCGAGCUUGGGCAAAUUCUGUCAAGCGAGGGACCGCAGGUUGGAAAUAGUUAUCAUGGGAGUGAGCUUUGGCCGAAUUGGGCCUAA